AUGUCCUCCGAAUUUCCUAGUGUUCCAGAAGUCCACAAGCAGACUCCUACUCAACAGAUUGAAGAAGAAUACGAAAACUUAAAGAAGGAUGUUGAAGGAAUCGCCAAAGAUGCUUAUGAAGAGGGUAAAACAGAAGGUGAGAAAAUCAAGAAGGAAUUACGAAAAUUUAGAAAGGAAGCUGAAUCUUAUUUUGCCAAACUUCUUGAUUCAUUGAAACGCGUUGGAGCUCAAGCUCAAACUUCUAUUCAAGGUGUUGCAAGUAAAGCAUCGAAGACAUCCUCCACUGUAUUUUCUCAGACUGUAACUGAAUUGCAAAAUCCAGUAGUCAUUGCUCAAACUGUUGUUGGUAUUACCGGUAUUGCUGCCGGAUACGCUGCUUAUUUAGAAAGGAGUAGGAUCAACACUGAUAAUAAAUUGGUAUUAAGUCUUCAUGCAUCCAUUAUUACAGGUUUAAUCUUACUUGAUGGUUUCUUGUUUACUACUUAUUAUCCUAAAUACGACAAGAAGAAGUUAUGA